AUGUAUGGUAAUUCUUCCCAAAAAACAACUCGAUCACCAUUGUGUUCUAGAUCGCCGCCAUCUGAAAAUCAAAACGAGUACAACACUCACUACAUUUUUGGAGUGCGCAGUCGUGGCACGAACGUCUCGGCUUUCUGUGGUGGUCUGGCAAGGAAGCAGUUCAAUAUUCCGGUGCGAUAUCGCGAUGCAAUUCUUUUCACACCUCUGCAGGAUCUUCCAGCUGGUUUGACCAAUAUCGUCGUAUCCAUUCCUCGCAUGUGGUUUCGUGAAAUGGACAAGGAUCAUCGUCUUCCCGAUGUCCCUAUAAUGUUCUGUUACGAAGGUACAAACUUUCUCCGGCUUCUUCCUCUAACAAUCUUCCAAAGCGACCUCCAGCCGAAUGGUAACUUUAUGGAGUACAAGCAUCAUCAUCAGUUCAACAUAAAUCUGUCAAUUCGCGGUGUUGCUUUGAUUUUGGAUAAAAAAUGGAACAAUGCCUACCUGAUGCCUCGAGGAGCGAAGGCAACCUUCACUGGUGAUGAAUAUCACAAUAGAAAACGGCAGGUUUUCACUAAAAGUUGUACACCUGAGCUGCUGAGGAAUCAGGAAUGUUGCCUGUGGGAAUAUAAGAGCAAAUUCGUGGUUGGCACGAAGACUAAAGAAGUCGUCUUUCACAGAUGUGUCGGCAAGGUACCUGUCGAGCAAGUGAGUUUUCCUUUCAUUGGCGAGUCUCAUGAAGCUAUUGCCAAACGUGGAGGUAUGAGCAGACGCAUGUUCGUUCCUGUACCGGACGUCAUUCAUAAGGAAUGUCGCGAAAGUCGUUUUCGUCUGUAUCAGCUGACCAUCGACGAUCCCAAGCAUGGAAAAAUCAGCAAGACUUUGGAUCGGCUUGACGCGACCGAAUGUGCUGUAUUCUACUAAAGUUGCCAUUUCU